CCGUGUUUCCGAUUAGAGGCCGACAAAACUGUGUCAGCAGGGAGUAUGGCUCUGCUCGCAGGUCAGGAGUGCGGCUAUUUUUUUUACUCUAGACUUCGCUCCUAAAGACUGUGAUAGGUGUUUUUGAUAACCUCUUUACUGCAGCAUUUAUAAGCGCUGUUCACGCGGAUACACCACUUAGAGUGAGUUGGAGAGUCCUGACAGUGACAGCUGCCAAGUAAACAGCUAAAGGCUAACGGCUAAGUAGCUGCAGUGCGGCCGCCGCUGGCUGCUGAAGCGUCGACGGCAGCAGCGAGCUAACCUGUCUGUGAGCGCUUUUAGUGGCGUGAAGUUACAUCACCACGACCUGCCAGCAGCAGCUUUUCUUCACUCUCUGUCGUUCCUAUUUUUUGGUAAAUUGCUUCGACCACUGGUUCCCACAGCGGUAUUUUCCAUUCAUGUUGUUUUUGGGGACGAGAACGACUCUCACGGACCUCCUGUUCUUCGAGUUAGGGUUCCAGUUUUCCCAGCUCCUGUGAGUGAGUGAGUGAGUGACGUCACCAACUUCCCUUCAACACACAGAGGUGCCAACAGUGGGACAGGAUGCCUAUUCCUCCCCCUCCACCACCUCCCCCUGGACCCCCGCCCCCACCCACGUUCAAUGAGGCCAACACUACUCCUCCAAAACUGUCCUCAAACGAGGCCAAAGGCAGAGGAGCACUGCUGUCAGACAUCUGCAAGGGCGCCAGGUUGAAGAAGGUCACUGCAGUCAAUGACCGAAGUGCUCCUGUCAUAGAGAAGUCAGGUGGAAGUAGCGGAGGAGGAGGAGGAGGUGGCGGCGGCGGCGGUGGUGGUGGUUUUGGAGGCGGAGGACCAAUGGGAAUGGGGGGACUAUUUCAGGGCGGUGUGCCAAAGUUACGCCCAGUAGGAGACGGUUCAUCAGGUGGCUCAGUGGGCAGAUCUGCGCUGAGACCUCCGGGGUCGCGACCCGUGGCCCCUCUCCCCCCAACAGGCCGCUCUACCUCCCCCUCACCAGGCAACAGGCCCUCUCCACCAGAGCACCAGCGCUCCCAGCGGCCCUCUCUCCCUGAUAUCUCCCACUCAGGCAGCUCGUCUGCAGGCAGUGGGAUGAAGCACAGCACCUCUGCCCCCCCACCUCCUCCACCUUUUAACAGAGGUGCACGAAGCAACGCUCCGCCCACGCCUAACCAGAAAACAAGCUCCUCUUCGUCCUCCUCCCACAGCAGAGAGAAGCCCCUCCCACCAACACCCAACAGAGGCCCGACCCCAACCAGCUCUGCCAAGCCGAACUCUUCCAGCAGACCUCCAACAGGGGGCUCCUCUGCUCCACCUCCGCCACCCUACAGACCACACACAUCCGCCGGUGUCUCCAAUGGACCUUCCCACGUAGACGGCAGCAGCGCUCCAGAGCUGCCACAGAGGCACAACUCCCUGCACAAAAAGCAUACGUCAGGAGGUGGCACCCAAGGACGCAGCCACGCUCCUCCACCUCCUCCCUCUCCCUCUCCAUCUUCCCAACAGAGUGCCAGACCACCACCACCAGCCAGAGACCCCCCGGGGCGCCGAGCAGCUCCUCAGGUGCCUCCUCCGGGGUCUCGUAACGGAGGCCGCGAUGCCCCUCCGCCGCCCCCGCCGUAUCGUGUCAACAGCUCCGGCCCCUCAGAGUCUCAGAACAGAGUGGGAAAACCACCUCCUCCUCCAUCCUCCUCCUCCCUCUCCUCGUCCUCCUCCCGCACCCCGGCUGGACCCCCUCCACCUCCCCCGCCCAUCAGGAAUGGCCACUCCAACUUCUCCUCCAAGCCCAUCAUGGAUGAUUUUGAAUCCAAGUUCCACUUCCACCCGGUUGAAGACCUCCCACCUCCAGAGGAGUACAGGCAUUUCAACAAAGUCUACCCCAGCCAGAGCAACAAGUCCAUGAUAAGAGGAGCUCCUCCAGCGCCACCUGUCGGGAGGUGAACAGACCACGCUCUCAGCACUUGAACUCUCAGUCUGCUGCCUGGAUGGAGAGUCAGGAGAAAAGGGAGGGGGGGGGGGACAGGGAUGGAAUCACCCACACACAAAAACACACAUACA